CACUUGCUCGUGUAACGGUAAAGUUUGUUAUAGUUUAUGGUGUGAAUUACAUCAAGACAAUGGAAGACAAGAUUAAGAAAGAUUUACACGAGAAAGAAAAUGCAAAUACCCAGUUAAAUCGCCAUGAAAAGAGGGACACACUUAUAGAUCACAUGGAAAUAUCUGUAACGGAGGCAGAGAAGAGAGAGAAUGGAGCACUCAACAUCCGGGACUUCUAUACUGUCUAUUUAAUAGAGACCAAAGUAACAGACCCAGACUGGAAUGGUGCAUAUAGUCGCAUAAGCAGUGUCUGGCGGCGUUACUCGGAAUUUGUUCUUCUGAGGACAUACCUCGAGCUGGAGUAUCCUUACAUCGUUCUGCCUCCACUACCUGAGAAGAAAGUUCUGUAUCCGUGGCAGAAAGCAGCCUCGGACACCUUUGACCCUGAUUUCGUCGAUAGACGGCGAGCUGGUCUCGAGAACUUCCUGCUGCGGGUGGCGUCGCACCCGGUGCUGUCGCAGGACCACCUGUUCGUCGGGUUCCUGCAGCAGGAGCAGGGCUGGAAGGAGAGCAUCAAGGAGACCGGCUACCUGCAGCUGGCUGAGACUAAGCUCAAGGCGCUCAGCGUGUCAGUCCGCCUCCGUAACCCGGACAAGAGGUUUGAGGCCGUAAAGAACUACAGCAACGAGCUGCAGAACAACCUGAACAGCCUGCUACGUGUGCGAUCCAGAAUGGCAGAGCGUCUGUAUACAAUCCACAAAUUGCACGCCAACUAUGGCAGGGUGUUCUCGGAGUGGAGCGCCCAGGAGAAGGAAAUGGGUGACGGGCUGCAGAAAGCUGGGCACUACCUAGACUCGUACGCGGCAGGCAUCGACAUCCCCCUGGAGGAGGAGGAGGUGUUCGCAGACCAGCUGAAGGAGUACCUGUUCUUCGCAGACGCGCUGCAGGCGGUGUGCGGGCGGCAGGAAACACUGCAGCUGCGGCUGGAGCAGGCGGAGGCGGCUGCCGGCGCUCUAGUUGCAGAGAAGGACAGCGUGCAGAAAGGUAAAUCGAGCAUAAUCUCACGGCUGUUCGGUUCGGUGGACACGGACGAGGUGAAGGAGCUGAAGGUGAGCCUGUUGGACCAGAGGCUGCAGGAGGGCCAGAGCAGCGUGCGGCACGCGCGUGAGGAGCUCCUGGACUUUUCAGCAAAUGCACUGAAAGAUGUUGAGAGAUUCCAGCAGCAGAAGGUGGCAGACCUCCGGGAGACGCUCGCUGGAUACGUCAUGCUGCAGAUCAAUGUCUGCCGAAAGCAUGGAAACUUGAAUGAUGUGUUUGGGAUUAACACUUCAGCCACAGGCAACACGGGUGUGUAUGCAGGUCCUGAUGCACGUUUUGCAGCAGAUGGCGGUGCAGCAUUGAAUGAAGUAAGAUUGUCAUUUGAAGUCCAGUGCCCAGUGCUGCUGUGUUGCAACAUUUUGCUAGGUUACCUCAAAAAUCUGUGAAGCAGGUUGCACCAGAAAGCGGGAUAAGCUGAUCGAGUGUAUGACAAAUUCUGAAGGUUGCAAAGUGGAAAGUGUACAUUCCAAGAUUGCUGCACGAACGAGAACGACCCAGAUCGAAUGAUGGAGUACUGCAAGUGAUUUGAAGGCAUGCUUCGUAAGGAUGAACGGUAUGCAGAGUUGGUUAUCUGAUCUGAUGAGGCACUAUUCAAAUUAAAAGGUACAAUAAACUGCCACAACUGCGAGUGCUGCGCUCCUAAACAUCCUCCCUCUCAUGUGGACAAAUGUUAAUCUACUGGCUAUUAAUGUGUGGUGUUGUGUCAUCACAUGAUUCAUAUGUUGCAAACAUUAAUUUUACCUGCAAUCUGAGUGGUGUUUGGAAACAGAAGAUUUUAUCUAAAACAAGAUGGCACUACGGCUCACUACCACAAUGGAUGAAAAUCUACCCGGAUGAUGGCAAGGUCGAAGAGGAGUCAUUCAUACUCACCAGAGUAUGAAAAAUGUUUAUGAACAAGCUAUGAGAAACCGUCAAGGUGUUCUGUGCAGGUAUGACACUGGCAACACUGACAGCUGUAGUUUGGUCAACAGUUCAGUGGCUUCAAGAUCGUUUGGCUGCUAAUGAGUGUCACUUUGAACAAACAAAAUAACCUUCACCUCAUGUGAGUUGUAAUGGUAUGUCAUUUUGUACAAUCAACCCUGACUAUCAAAGAGUGUUUAUAUUUUCUGGACCUCUCUGUAUAUCAUUCACAGAGGGAACACAGAACAACAUUUAAACUAAUUACACCAUGCAUGGAGGUAUUUCAUCUAUCAUUCUUCCCAUGCUCUAUGUGUGAACAGAAUGGAAAAAUCCCAAACAGCUGGUACAAUGGGAUGUACCCUCUGCCAUGACUCCACAAUGAUUUGCAGACUAUAGAUGUGUUGCCCUGCUGUGUCUAGCCUUGCCUCUAGGUGCGUCAUUGUUGGUGCUUGUCUCUUCGAUGCUGUGUCAAAGGAAGAUGCAACAAUGGUGACUGGUCUGCAGCGACAAGUGAUAUUGAUCAGAGUGACAGAAACUGCAGUGACCUGUUUUUUUCAGUGUUUGUUAUCUUGAUGAUAUAG